AUGAGCAAGAUUAACAUUGAAAACAAUUUGUUGCAUGAAAAAAUAGUUGAUUUAACAAACCAAUGUGGUAAUCUGCAAAAUAAUAUAGAUUUGAUCACCAAUGAAAAGAUUAAAUUACAAGAGCUUAAUGAAGAACUCAAUCAACAUAUUGAAGGACUAAAACGUGAGCGAGUGGAAAUAUUAAAAGAAACUGUUGAAAUGACAAAACCAUCAAAUGUCGAGGAAUCUUCAGAAAGCAUUCCUUCCGAACCGCCACAAGAUGAAAAAUCUGUGGGUGACAAAAAUGUUAGCAGAACUAAAUCUGUUAAACAAUUGACAAAAGAAAUCCUUAAGCUGAAGAAUACAAUAAAAGAGAGAGAAGCUGAAAUUGCAGACUCCCAGAUGAAGAUAUUGUCCUUAGAAGAGCAACAGCAGAAACAAAGCGAGUUACUACAGAGUAUUUCUUCAUAUGAACAUAAAGUUAAAACUCUUACUGAUGAAAACCAUCAAUUGAAAGAGGAAAUAGAAGUAUUAAGUAGAAAUCAAGAAUCUGAACAGCAAUUAUUGCAGUACAAACAAGCAAACGAAUGUUUGCAGCAAGAUAUCCAUAAAAUACACCAAGAGUAUUCUGCAACUCUUAGCGGUCGAGAUAGUCGAAUUAAUGAAUUGGAAAGUCUUCUUUUGGAAUAUGAAAAACAAAUAUGCAGUUACGGAAAUACUAUACAGCAAAAGACAAAAGAAAUGACAGAGUAUAUAAAUCAAAUAACUAAACUGAAUGAUGUGUCACAAAAACUAAAGUCAACUAUUGAAUUACUUGAAGAAGAAAAGGCUAAAGAUCAAAAUGCUGAAUUGGUAAAGUCUCUAAAUAAGCAAAUAGGUGCGUUUCCAGAAAAAGCUUGUAGAGUAUGA